ACACCAUUCUAACGUAUCCUCCGUGAUUUCAGUGGGCCAACGUGACAUACCUUCUUCGAAAUAUCCUCCGCUGCUGCUAACAAUGCUACUGCCUCAUCCUCCACCCUGCUAUAUAUCUUCCAAGGUCUCAAUUUUCUUAGUUUGAGUCACCACCAUCGCCUUCUCCACCCUUCCUAUCUAUCUCUCUAAUUCCCAUCUCUAAGUAGAUAAGAUGUCGUUCAAGGACUGUGGCGACUACGGCGGGUACUGGCCAUGGCGGCACAAGGUGUUCCGCCGCCUGUUCGCGUGCUUCCUGUGCCUCAUCAUCCUGGUGCUCUUCGUGAUCCUGGUCAUCUGGCUGGUCCUCCGUCCGUCGAAGCCCGAGUUCAACCUCCAGGACGCCACCGUCGUCAAGUUCGACCUCUCGGAUCCCAAUUCACGACUCUCCUCCAUCGUCCAGAUCACCAUCUCCUCCCACAACCCCAACGACCGCAUCGGCAUCUACUAUGACCACCUCGACGUCUACGCCGACUACAAGGGCCAGCAGAUCACCGCCGCCACCGUCCUCCCCACCGGCUACCAGGGCCACAACGACUUCAGCGUCUGGUCCCCCUACCUCUACGGCAACGCCGUCCCCCUCGCCCACUACCUCGCCGUCGCCGUCGACCAGGACGAGUCCGCCGGAUUCAUGCUCAUCUAUUUCAAGAUCGACGGCCGGCUCCGGUGGAAGGUCGGCACCUGGAUCUCCGGCACCUACCACAUCGACGUCAGCUGCCCCGCCUUCUUCACCGUCAACUCCAGCAAGGAAUUCCAGUUCCAGAAGACCACCUCCUGCAGCGUCGACGUCUGACGGCGACGGUGACCUUCUUGUCUCCACCUCCUCUUCAUAUCUCCUCCAGCGAUUGCAUCCAAAUUAGUCAGUGUUUGGGGUAGUCCGGGGUAAGAAUAGCCAUGCAAGUAAAAAUUAAUUAAUAUAGGGAGGGAUAAUAAAUACACUCUAGCCACAAGGAAUAUAUAGCGGGUACUGUUCGUAUGUCUGAUCACAGCCGUUGGGCGUAUUGAUGGAUCGAUCCAGGAUGGAGCUAAGAUGACAUCAUGAUCUUCUUGUCCCGACGUCAUGAUCUUCUUGUCCUUCGCACUUGUGGUCUCCUUAUUUAUUGUAAUUAAUGGGAUUUGAUUUCAACACACCGUGAUAGACCGCUGCUCGUUAUCUUCGGUAAUUAAAUUUAUGAAAUACUUUGUUCGGUUAUUUUGAUAGUAAAUGAAUGUUCUAACUUUUAAUAAGUUACAAUUUGCAGGCUAAAGUUUUUGUUAGUGGGUACAUGAUUAUUCAACCUUUGUAUUUAUUAUUUAAAUAAAUUAAAAA